CUCCCCGCCUUCUCCGUUUCCGCCCUCCAGCGGCCCUGACCUUCUGUCCCCUGCCUAUGAAGGGAGUGUUUGGCAUGUUCCGGAUCCAUGGCAUCUCUGGGGUCUGUGACCGCGGCGCUGCGGGUGGUUGAAGUGCUAGAAACCAUCGCGAGCCGCUGCGUGGGGCCCGGGGGCGGCCAAGUGCUGUGUACGAAGCCCACCGGCGAGGUGCUGCUUAGCCGGGAUGGAGGCCGCCUCCUGGAGGCGCUGCACUUAGAGCAUCCCUUAGCCAGGAUGAUAGUGGCAUGUGUUUCCAGCCACCUUAAAAAAACAGGAGAUGGUGCUAAAACAUUUAUUAUUUUUCUUUGCCACUUACUCAGAGGACUUCAUACAAUGAGAGAAAAAGAAAAACAUUCAUUCACUUCUGAAAAUAUUCAGACCCAUGAAAGGCAUUGGAAAGACUGUUGUCAGUGGAAAUUUGUUUCCCAGGCGCUGCUAACGUUUCACACACAAAUACUGGGUUGCGUUGUGGACCAGUAUCUAAGCAGGCACUAUUUAUCUGUCUUUUCUUGGUCUGCUAAAGGAAGAACACUGUGCAGGCGCUCUGUAGAGUUACUCCUGGAAGCUUACUUUUGUGGAAGAGUGGGAAGGAACAAUCACAGAUUGAUUUCACAGCUGAUGUGUGACUACGUUUUCAAGUGUAUGGCGUGUGAAGGUGGCACUGAGGUGUUGGAGUUGGUGGACAGCUGUUUUGAGGAGUUGAAUGUUGGUGUGACAGGCCUUCCCGUUUCAGAUUCUAGAGUUGUGGAGGGCCUUGUGCUUUCCAGAGACUUUUCUGUGUAUUGCCCAGCAGAUGGUGACAUAAGGAUGGUGAUAGUAACGGAAAUCCUCCAGCCUCUGUUUUCUUCACCCAGAUCCGAGUUUAUUCUCAGUUCAGAAGCAGAGUUUCAGGCAUCUCAGCGUUGGAUCGUGGAAAGGACAAAGACAGUAAUGAAACACUUGCAAAGUCAGAAUAUAAAACUGCUCCUGUCCAGUGUGAAGCAGCCGGACCUAGUGGUGUAUUGUGCGAGGCUGAGUGGCAUAUCCGUGGUGGACUGUUUACCACCUGAAGAAGUUUCUCUUGUCCAGAGGAUCACUGGUCUUUCUCCCUGUGUCCUACCACAGGUCACUUCACAGUGGGAACUUUCCGAUGCUACUUUGGUGACAUUUUGUAAACCCUUCAUCCUUAGAUCCAGAAGGUACGUUCAUGUUGGCUUGAUUAGCACUGGUGCGUUUAUACCUCACUGUAUGGUCCUUUGUGGACCAGUUCUGGGGCUUGUCCAGCAACACCAGAGUGCUUUUCAUGGAGCAUUUAAGAUGCUUCGGCAAUUAUUUACUGGCCUUGACCUAAAUUACAUCGUGCAAACCGAAGGCCAAUGUGACUCAAGUCCUGUUGCUUGUAACAAUAGCACAGAGAGUCAUCACGUGCCAGAAAUGGGUCAGGACAGAAUAGCAAAGAGCAAAAAUAAGCUGGAAACAUCUCAGACAUACUUAGAAGUAUAUUCAAAUUUGGUGGCCUCAGAUACAGAAUUAAAAACACAUGUGCCGUGGUCAGCACACAAGGAGACACCAAUAGAUACAUCCCAACCAGAUGAAGCACCAGAGUGCUUGUCUCCAGAAAAAAGUUCGACAGUUGAUGGCUGUGACGUGUUAAUGGGGAACAAUUCCACUGGAAAUCCUACAGCAGAAAACACUAGAACAGAAGUUUCUUUGGAAAAUGUCCAAGUCACAGAUAAUCCCAGAAAGGGGUCCACGAUGCCAGCAGUGCACAGGUCACUAGGCACCUGUGCUUCCCGGGGUUACUGUUCAUCAGCUGUGCCAGCAGGCUGUGUCCUGCCAGCGGGGGGUCAGUUUGAGAUUCUAAUGCAUUACUACCUUCUCAGCUAUGCCAGACAAUGUGGGCGACCUGACGAAAGCACGGUCAGCGUGUUAAUAGCUAAUGCACUUUUAGGCAUCCCCAAAAUCCUUCACAAGCCUAAGAGGGGAAAGGACAGCUUCCCACACGUAUAUAUGCGGUCCCUCCACGCACUGCAAACCAGUCGGCCCAUGGUAAGCCAUCAUCCAGGCUUGGAGUCUCUGGCUGGUAAGUACGUGUUACUGAGUUCAGUUCUUCAGUGUUUGGCGAAAAUAUUAACCAUUGAUUUAAUAAUCAACAUCAAGAGACAACCCCAGAAAAUCGAUGACCAAGAUUCUGAAGAUGAACUUUAACACUAAGUCUUUUGUUGCUCAAACUUUUAAUCUGGAGCCAGGGAGGUGGCUUGGUGGGCAAAGGUAUUUAAUGCCAAACCUGAUGGCCUGUGGCUAAUACCCAGGGACCACUGCAGAGGAGAGAAUGAAGUCCUGAGAAUUGUCCUGUGUCCUAC